CUCUAGGGUGACCCUGCUUGAAGCAUAUCAGGAUUUCAUUGUCAACUUAGUUAAAUAUACAAACUUUAUUGAACUACAUUAGACUAAAUAAGUUUCAAAACAGAAAUGACUUACUGGAUUUCUGGCUAGAAAAUAACAUUCCUUUCUGGUUUAUGAUACUCUAUUAGGUUGAAAAACAUGUGACUCUGGUUUGUAGUAAUUUCAACAAAUUAUGUUUUGUGAUUUCCCAGAUAACAAGAGCUUCAUAUUUCUGCGGAAUUCCCAUUUGUUAGUGAACUGCCGCUGUUAUCCUGAUUGAUAUAUGACUGCAAUGGCAUUUUUCCAUCUGACAUUCUCUUUACCCCACUCUCUCUUCUGCUUUUAAACAACAGAAUCAAGUUUUCUGUGUUAAAAUAAAAGGCAGGUCAUGUGACACACACAGAGAACAAAAAGCAUUCAGGAUUUACCAAGACUGGAUCUCUCUAGAGCAGUGAAAAUAUGGAACUUGAAUUUGCUGAUUGUAAAGAGCAGCUGAAGAAAUGAUCGGAUACCAAAUUGUACUUCAUUCCAAGGAACAAUGGAAACCUGCAAAGAGAGAUGUUUUCAUUAUUUUGAAAAAACUCUGGGAUUUUAUAUUUGGUUCAUAAUUUAUUAGGGUCCCUACUUCUAAAAAAACAUUGGUUUGAACAAUGGGAAAUCAUGUCUUGGUUGCAUGGAUUUCUGCAUUCUCGUUGGUUGCAAUUUUAAUUAAUGCAGACAGCAAAAAAGGAAACACUUUUCUCACAGAAUCGGAUCCAGGACGUUGUAUGAGGCAUCAUUAUGUUGAUUCUAUUACUCACCCUCAACACAAAUGCACUGCAAAGAUGGUACUGCUGGCUCGUUGUGAAGGACGAUGCAGUCAAACCUCCCGCUCUGAUCCACUUGUCUCCUUCAGUACAGUCCUCAAACAACCAUUUCGCUCCACUUGUCACUGCUGCCGGCCCCAAACAUCCAAGUUGAAAGCCAUACGGCUCCGCUGUUCUGGGGGUCGCCGGCUGACUGCCACUUACCGCUAUAUCCUAUCCUGCCACUGUGAAGAAUGCAAUUCCUAGAGACAUAUUAAAAGCAAACAACAAAGACAUGUAACAUCUGAAAGGAUGAUCAAAGUGACAUAUUUUUGCUAUGUUGGAAACUAAAAUAAAAAUAACAUAAGCAAUCCGACCCACCUUAAACGCCAUCUAGUAUUUACUACAGAAAUGAUGAACAAUAUUUUUAUUACUUUUUUUAAUGUAGUUUCAGAAUUUUUGGGGGUUAAACUAUUUAUGUCCCACUCAUUGGAAGACAGAAUCCAGUAUACUGCAUCAAUAUUUUGGAAUUACUAUACAGUUUUCUACUGAAGAAUAAGUCUACCAGUCUUCAAGAUCACAAUUAUUUUAAAGAUUUCAUUCCCUAGGAUAUUAUAUUAUUUGAAUGUGUGUAUGAAUGAUGAAAAAUGAAUGGUUUGUUUGUUCAUCUAUGCAAAAUGUGCAUAUGUAAAUCAGUGAAUUGAAAAUAAAAAUAUUAUUUAAAUAUUUAAUGUUAUUUCCCUAUAAUUCCCCAUUUUUCCAGCUGUUCACCCGUAAUGUUUUAUUUUUAUCUCAAGCUCCUUAAAUUUGUGAAUUAUGCCUUGAACCUUUGUUGAGAUCUCUCUUUCCUUAUAUGUUCCACAAUCUUGUCAAAAUUAGAAAGCACAAAACUGGAUGUAGUCAGAGAAAUAAACAUAAAUAUUUUAAUGCAUUUUGGUAUUGUUCUAAACCUGUAGCUGUAAUUUAGACAAAUUUAUUUUACUAUAUAAUAUUCAUACAGAAAAAUAUACAGUGCAGUGAUAUAGUUGAGUUAUAUUAAAUUCAAAAUUAAAUUCCCCAAUAAAAUAUGUUUAAAAAAUAAUAAAUUGCAAUGCACUUUCAUUAUUUAUUUUUUCAAAGAGUAUGUCCCUGGGCUACAAACAAUGCAAAUUUUACUUUACAAAAAUAAAAUUGUAAUGUUCUUUUUAAACAUUUAUUUUCUAUGAGAUAUUUUGCAAGGUAGUGAUACGUUGCUGAUUUAUACAAAGAAUACAACUUUAUUGUCCCAUUAACAAAAAUGUCCUACUGAUAAAAAAGGCAUGAAGUUGUUAAGAGAAACUGACUUAUUCUUAUAAGUUAUGAAGUACAAAACAAUCACCUACUUUUACCUACAUUUAUACAUUAAAGUUUAUAGAACUAUGAAUAACUGGUUGUCUUCUGUUUCUGGCCAUCAUUUAUAGUUCAACGAGAAAAAAACAUCACUUUGCUGGCUUAUAUUUAUGUACUUAUAAUGUGAAAUACAACCCUUAAUACAAGUAAAUGUAUUUGUAGCUUUUUGGCAAAAAAAAUUAGAACAUAGAAGCUAUGUUUUUUUCCUCUAUCCACAAACCCAUAAUGGAAACAAUUUAAAUGGGCAUUAAACUCAAAGCUUUGUGCCAUGGCUAGAUUAUAAGUGGCGUGCUAACGUUUGGCCGCGAGCUAUAUAAAAAUAUUGCAGACACAUUAAUUUACAUGCAUAUUACAAGUUAAAACUAAUCACGUUCACUUGAGCGUAAGUGAAGUCCAUGCACUCCUGGUUAGCAUCACUUAAAGGGACAGUCAACACCAGAAUGUUUGUUGUUUAAAAUGAUAGAUAAUCCCUUUAUUACCCAUUCCCCAGUUUUGCAUAACCAACACAGUUUUACCUUGUAUCUAUGCCUCCGCAAACUGCCUCCUUAUUUCAGUUCUUUUGACAGACUUGAAUUUUAGCCAAUCAGUGCUAACUCCUAGGUAACAUCACGUGUGUGAGCUCAAUGUUAUCUAUAUGACACACAUGAACUAACGCCCUCUAGUGGUCAAAAUGCAUUUAAAUUAAAGGAGGCCUUUAAGGUCUAAGAAAUUAGGAUAUGAGCCUACCUAGCUUUAACUUUCAACUAAGAAUACCAAGAGAACAAAGCAAAAUUGGUGAUAAAAGUAAAUGGGAAAGUUGUAUAAAAUUACAUGCCCUAUUUGAAUCAUGAAAGUUUAUUUUGGACUUGACUGUCCCUUUAAGACCUCUCAUAAAACAGGGUUAAAAAAAAGUUGCAUCAAACACAACAUAAAUACAUUAAAAUAAAAUCUUACACUCAUAUGAACAAUAUCUGAUAAAAAAUAAUUCAUAUAAAUAUUAAUACUUUUUUAUAAGGGUUCAUUGGUAUAUGGUAUAUGGCCAUGUAUUUGACUACAAAAGGCUAUAAUAUAUUCUGUAUAUGUCUAAAUAAUAAUGCCAUAAUAAUAUUUAAUAAUGUGUUUUACUGUGUAUUUACUGUAAUUAUUUAACAUUCCAAUGUCCUUCACAUACAGGAGAUUUUUAUUUUUAAAUACAUAUUUUUAUAUCUGUAUGUACCUACACCUACAUAUCUAUUCCUAUAGAUAUGUACAGUAUAUAUAAUAUAUAAAAAACAAUAAAAAUUAAAUUUUUUCUAUGUGAAGAACAUUGGAAUGUAAAAUAUGCAUAACCCAUUUUGGACUUUAGGUCAGCUUAGCGCACAUAAAAAAUUUGUUAUCUUAAGGCGUGUUAUUGAAAUAUCAAAUAUAAAAUGUUAUAAAUAUGAAUAAUAAUUAUUUACAAAUUAUUAUAGAUACUGUAAAAAAUAUACAUUCUGUGGAUUAUUUGAAAAAAUUUAGUAUACCCUUAAAAUGUUUUAAUAAUUAUUAUUAAUGUUUUUUAAUAUUUUAUAUUUAAGAUAACUAAUUAUUCAUGUGCGCUAACCUGACACUGCAUUACACUUAAAGCGUGAAACCCGAAGCUCAUUAUGAAUAUUUUACAUUCCUAUGUUCUUUACACGGAACAUUUUUUUAUUUUUAUUAUUAAAUAUAUAUUUCUAUAGACAUCUGAUAAUGUAAAUGUAAAAUAUAUAUCUAUACCUAUAUAUAUCUAUAUUGAUAGAUAUAUAGGUAUAGGUAUAUACAGAUAAAUAGAGAAAUAUGUAUUUAAAAUAAAAAUAACAUAGUCCUGUAUGUGAAGAACAUUGGAAUGUGAAAUAUUAAUAACUCCUGUCGGGUUAGUGCGCAAGCGAUAACUGUUUGUUUUCUUCUGCAUAUUUUAUUAAAGUCUAUGGAGAGAAAAAGUUAGUGCAGUCAGGAUAUCCAAGUUCCUGUUAGUGAGCAUCGGGUUUUGCUUACACGCAAAAUAUUUUACGUUUCAACCUGCAUGUGCACAAAGAUUACUUCUGGUAAUGUUUACAUUCGAGUGGGAACACUAAAUAGUGUGCCACUUGUUAUCUAGCCCAGUGAUUUUUAACCUUUUUUUUGCUGUGGCACACUUUUUUACAUUAAAAAAUCCUGUGGCACACCACCAUCCCAAAAUUUAAAAAAAAUCACACAUUGUAGCCUAAUACAGCAUAUAUAUAUACACAUACACACAAACACACACACAUACUGUAUGUAUUGUGCUGUUAUGCCAUGCCUCCUACAAACUACCCCUGCACUGGUAGUAAAAAACAAGCAAAGUUUAAAAAAUAUGUCACACUGUUGUCAAUCUGCCGUGGCACACCUGAGGAUCUCUCACGGCACACUGGUUGAAAAACACUGAUCUAGCCCAAACUUUUUAUUGUGCAUAAUUAAAUAACUUUGAAAUGCAUUUCAUUAUUUAUUUUGCCUGUUUUUCCUGUAAUUUAACUCUAAAAUUGCAACACUUACACAUGUAAAAUGUUUUUACAUAGAAAACUUUAAUACUGUAUGUAUUUAUGUUGACACUAACAGGAAAUCCACAUUUGUGCACAACGGAUACUCAGGCAGCAAUUUGAUUAAAUGGACAACUCCACAGCUCUAUUGGUGGACAAACUUGCAUACCCUUGAUGAUUUUUUUAAGAGACAUUCUAGUCACAGUUGAAAUGCACAUUAGUGUAUUUACAUAGAUGUAUUUUAGUAAUAAACUUGUAUACUGUUUAAAAGUUA